AUGGAGAACACAAAUCUGAAUCAGACUGGUGAAAUGGCAGCUGUAUUAUUCUGUUUCCCUCACCUGCAAGGCUCCUGUCCUCGAACUCUCAGACUGUCUGUUAUAAGGGUGGCCAUGUACGUCUUCAUGGUGACUACCAUUCUAAUGACUGUGUGUGGAAACCUUCUGGUCAUCAUCUCUAUAUCCAACUUCAAACAGCUACACAAUCCCACCAAUUUCAUCAUUCUCUCUUUGGCUGUAGUUGAUUGUUGUUUAGGCUGUUUCAUCAUGCCUUUCAGUAUGAUCAGAUCAGUUGAAGGGUGCUGGUACUUGGGGAAACAUUUCUGUAAAGUCCAUUCCAGUCUAGACAUGAUGCUGUCUACGACAUCCAUACUGCACCUAUGUUUGGUUUCAAUUGACAGGUACUGGGCCAUAUGUAAUCCUUUGCAGUACAAGACAAAAGUUACUGUGUUUAAGGUGAUCCUGAGUAUUGUCAUUACAUGGUCCUUCUCGUUCAUUUUCAGCUUUGGUGUUGUGUUCUCUGAGGUGAAUACAGUAGGUUUGGAGAUGCUAAUCAUAAUGACCUCUUGUAUAGGGAGCUGUCUUUUGUUUUUUAACAAACAGUGGGGUAUCAUUGCUCCUCUAGUAUCAUUCUUCAUUCCAGGGGCUGUGAUGACCUGCCUAUAUAUAAAGAUCUUUCAUGUUGCUAGGAGACAUGCCAAGGUCAUGUCUGAUAGAGUGGCAACAGUGACUCGUCAUGAGCUUAAGAACCAAGCAUCAGAGCAGAGAGAAAGAAAGGCUGCUAAAACACUGGCUAUUGUAAUGGGAGUGUUUCUCCUCUGCUGGCUGCCCUUUUUUAUUACCACUGUCAUAGAUCCUUUUAUUAACUUUAUGACACCAAUUGUUGUUUUUGAUGCCCUUGUUUGGUUUGGCUACUUUAACUCCAUGUGUAACCCUGUCAUCUAUGGCUUCUUCUAUCCACAUUUUCAAAAAACUUUUAAAAUCAUUUUGGCAAAGAUUUUUGGGAUGAACACUACUUCAAUUAUAGUAUUAUCUUAA